CGCGCAGUCUUGGCCCCGGGCUGCCGCACCAACCCCUCUCCGAGACUGGGGCCCCGGCUGCCUUGGCCCCUCCGCGGUGCCGUCUUUUCCGGCAGUUGGGGCGCUUCCUGUUGUCCUGACCCGCAACCGCUCCUCGGCCCCUGUCUCAGAGCCCCUGGCGCGUUCCCUAGUCUCCUCUGGCUGGCUGGCUGCUGCCGCUGGGGCUUCGCCUGUCUGCACGCCGAGACUGCGGGCCGGGAGGGGGGCGUCUGCGGCUGUCCGCCGCCCCCAACCCUACCUCCCCUGGUGCUCUGCAACCAUGGCAAUGACAGGCUCAACACCUUGCUCAUCCAUGAGUAAUCACACAAAGGAAAGGGUGACAAUGACCAAAGUGACACUGGAGAAUUUUUAUAGCAACCUUAUCGCUCAACAUGAAGAACGAGAAAUGAGACAAAAGAAGUUAGAAAAAGUGAUGGAAGAAGAAGGCCUAAAAGAUGAAGAGAAACGACUCAGGAGAUCAGCACAUGCUCGGAAGGAAACAGAGUUUCUUCGUUUGAAGAGGACAAGACUUGGCUUGGAAGAUUUUGAAUCCUUAAAAGUAAUAGGCAGAGGAGCAUUUGGUGAGGUGCGACUUGUUCAGAAGAAAGAUACAGGGCACGUGUAUGCAAUGAAAAUACUCCGUAAAGCAGAUAUGCUUGAAAAAGAGCAGGUUGGCCACAUUCGUGCGGAGCGUGACAUUCUAGUGGAGGCAGACAGUUUGUGGGUUGUGAAAAUGUUCUAUAGUUUUCAGGAUAAGCUAAACCUCUACCUAAUCAUGGAGUUCCUGCCUGGAGGGGACAUGAUGACCUUGUUGAUGAAAAAGGACACUCUGACAGAAGAGGAGACUCAGUUCUAUAUAGCAGAAACAGUAUUAGCCAUAGACUCCAUUCACCAACUUGGAUUCAUCCACAGAGACAUCAAACCAGACAACCUUCUCCUGGACAGCAAGGGCCAUGUGAAACUUUCUGACUUUGGCCUUUGCACAGGACUGAAAAAAGCACACAGGACAGAAUUUUAUAGGAAUCUGAACCAUAGCCUCCCCAGUGAUUUCACCUUCCAGAACAUGAAUUCCAAAAGGAAAGCAGAAACCUGGAAAAGAAAUAGACGUCAACUAGCCUUUUCCACAGUAGGCACUCCUGACUACAUUGCUCCUGAGGUGUUCAUGCAGACCGGGUACAACAAGCUCUGUGAUUGGUGGUCGCUUGGGGUGAUCAUGUAUGAGAUGCUCAUUGGCUACCCACCUUUCUGUUCUGAGACUCCCCAAGAGACAUAUAAGAAGGUGAUGAACUGGAAAGAAACUUUGACUUUUCCUCCAGAAGUUCCCAUCUCUGAGAAAGCCAAGGAUCUAAUUUUGAGAUUCUGCUGUGAGUGGGAACAUAGAAUUGGAGCCUCUGGAGUUGAGGAAAUCAAAAGUAACUCUUUUUUUGAAGGUGUUGACUGGGAACAUAUCAGAGAGAGACCUGCUGCAAUAUCUAUCGAAAUCAAAAGCAUUGAUGAUACGUCAAACUUCGAUGAGUUUCCAGAAUCUGAUAUUCUUAAGCCAACAGUGGCCACAAGUAAUCACCCUGAAACUGACUACAAGAACAAAGACUGGGUCUUCAUCAAUUACACGUACAAGCGCUUUGAGGGCCUGACUGCGAGGGGGGCAAUACCUUCCUACAUGAAAGCAGCAAAAUAGUGCCCUUGUCACGGAAUCCUAAAUGGAGCAGAGUUCUUUAUACAACAUCAUGGUUUUCUUCUCAUACUCUUCUGAAAGAGCUUCCAAGAAGUUUAUGGAACCCACCAAUAUGUCAUAGUAAAGUCUCCUGAAAUAUGAUAGUAAGAGGAUUUUCUUCCAUAAUGCAUCUGAAAACCUAUAGAACAAAGACAACCAUUUCUACUACAUCAGCCACAAACAGCUGUCCUGCUUCUUCAGAAGCAUCAUGAGCCAAUUUGAUAGGUGUUUUAAAAACAAUUUUUCCUAAGUUCAUCAGAAUAAAGGGGAAAUACAGCCAUCAUCCAACAUUGUUGAGAUUGUAAUGUAUACUCAUCGGAUGUCAGCCAAUUCCUUGAUGUGACACACCGUCAGCCAAGCCCACCAAGUAUUUUUUUUUCUUUGUAGCUAACAGUUCCACUAAGGAAAUAAAGCAAUAAUGAAAGUCUCAGCAGCCAGCAUUCUGGCUGAGGGAAAUGAUCCACCACCCUUAGGGGUGGUGAUGGUAACUUGUCCCCAUACCUCGGCCUCGGGCAAGUGGCUUUUUACAGCCUCCAUUCAUGGUGCACUUUAUUUAUGGUACUAAGAUAAAGACCCUCAAUCCAUUGAUUUAUCUCCUCCCUCCCACCUAUCUGAAAUACUCAUGCUGCUUUUCUGAGUGCCCAUGGUGGUGGGGGAUACCACCUUGACCCAUUGUUGCUAAGAAGGCCCAAAAAAGCCACUGGGCAUUGCCAAGGGAUCCCAGAUCAUGUGGAAAACCCUGACUUUCUUUUCACGGCUGUUACCAGAAAAUCCUAAAACAGAUGCUGCCGUGGACCAGCAAUACCUGCAAGUGCUACCAACAGGAAUUCAAUUUAUUCCUGGGAACAUAGAAAGGAGGAACCCUCUUGACUAAGGUGCUGCUCCUGCAAGGUCUCCAGAACCUCCUGGAAGUGGUGAAGGAACCAACCCAACAGAAAGUGCGGUGCCAGCUGACAAGUCAAGUCCUUGUAGAGUUCACUCCUCAAUCCUUGGUGCAACCGUGUUUUGUCUUCUCUUUUGGUAUUCCUUCUCUCCCAACUUUAAGUAGCCAUUUUGCCUUGGAAUCAUGAUUACAAGUUUUCCUUUGCAGAUGCCUUCCUGGGGGGUACUCCCCCUCACCCUAAAGGGUCGCCUGCUGACCGGGCCACUCCACUGUGGUGUUCUCUCAUGAGAGACCCUCUGAAUUUUAGCACAAAGUGCCUUCUUUUUCACAGCUGCCACUACCUUUAGAGGAAUUUUGUCAGAAAAAUAUGGAGGCUUCCUAUUAAUGCAUUAUUACUUUUUUUUUUUUUAAAGUUUUGGUAAAUCUAAAGCAUCAUUUGCACCUGUGUGGUAACUGCCUGUUGCAGAGCAUCAUGGCCGUCAUGGCCAAGCUACAACUGGGAAACUGCUCUUUGCCAGUCUGUGGUUGUGAAUAUCAGCUUGGAAAGGAAAGUAUGUCCUAGUGUAGCCAUUGAGAAGAGAAAAAUCGAGUAUCAGAGUUACAGUCGUAAGUGAAACGGCUUUGGGUUUUAACAUCUUAGAGGAACUAAAAGGAAGGUUAGGGAAGUCUUAACUCUGGAUGAAGGUGAUGUGUUUGCCCCCCAAUUUUCAUUCAUAGCCUGUUAGUGAAAAGGAAGUAAAUGAAAUUCUUUUGUGUAACUUUGGUCUCUUUGUAUUACCAAAUAGUUGGGGCCUUGAGCCCCAUGUGUUCUGCAAGAGUGUGUGGGGUAAGUGCGGGUAGAGAGGAGUGAAGAGAGCAGUGAGUGGGAGAGUUUGUGUUGGGGAGUGGUAGCGAAUGGUUUGUUUUAGGGGAAAAUGCCCACAUUUUAACUUUGAAACUUCUGAAUAAACUGUGUAAAAACA